AUGUCAUCGAAUUACGUCCAACUCGAAAAAUUGGGUGAAGGUACCUAUGCCACUGUGUACAAGGGCCGAUCAAGAACUACUUCUGAAAUAGUCGCCUUGAAAGAAAUUCAUUUGGACGCAGAGGAAGGUACACCCAGUACUGCAAUUAGAGAGAUCAGUUUGAUGAAAGAGCUUAAACACGUUAAUAUCGUUAGAUUACAUGAUGUUAUCCAUACUGAGUCAAAAUUGGUCCUGAUAUUUGAGUUCUGCGAGCAGGAUUUGAAGAAAUAUAUGGAUACCCAUGGUGAUAGGGGAGCAUUGGAUUUGAAUACAGUGAAGAACUUUACUCAUCAAUUGUUGAAUGGUAUCGCAUUCUGCCAUGACAAUAGAGUAUUACAUCGUGAUCUGAAACCUCAAAAUCUACUGAUCAAUAGAAGAGGUGAAUUGAAAAUUGGGGAUUUCGGUUUAGCUAGAGCGUUCGGUGUUCCAGUUAAUACAUUCAGUAAUGAGGUCGUCACUCUAUGGUACAGAGCUCCAGAUGUUUUAUUAGGUUCAAGAACUUAUAGCACAAGUAUCGAUAUUUGGUCUGUUGGUUGUAUAUUUGCUGAAAUGAUAACUGGAUAUCCACUUUUCAGAGGAAGAGAUAAUGCCGAUCAGUUGGUUCAGAUUAUGAAAAUCGUGGGAACUCCGAGUGAUGCUACUAUAGCUCAAAUCAAGCUCAACUCUCCUGAGAUCCAAAUCAAAAGUCCACUCGCUAAACAUCCUAAACAACCUUUCCAUGCUAUAGUACCACGAGCACCUAGAGAUGCUCUUAAUUUGUUGGAACAUCUCCUUCAAUUUGAGCCAAGUCGUCGAUAUGACGCUCAUCAAGCGAUGGCUCAUCCCUAUUUCACUUCUGGACCUAUCGCACCCCCGACACUUCCACCAACCGUACAGUCCUCAGCUGCUUCAUUAGCUUUACCUCCUAGAGUAGCAGCCAGAGCUUCCCAGGCCUCUGCUGCUGUACAGGCUCAACAAGCUCAAGCUCAGCAGAAUGCUCAAGUACAAGCUCAAGCUCAAGCACAGUUGAUUGCUCAACAACAACAACAACAGCAGCAACAACAAGCAGUACAACAGCAGCAGCAGCAGCAGCAACAGCAGCAGCAACAACAACAACAGUAUAAUGCAAUGCUAGCAGAACAGGCUGCAAGACAAGGUUACUACGACCCAGCUACUGCUGCCCAGAUGCAAGCCCAAGCAGCUCAUGCGCAACAAAUGCAAAUUGCUCAAGCUCAAGCACACGCACAGGCUCAAGCGCAAGCACAGGCUCAAGCACAAGCUCAAGCUCAAGGAAGAGGUGUGGAUCCCAAUAAUGGAUAUUACAUGAAUCCCGAUGGACGAUAUUAG